UAAAAGUUAGCAAAUUAGCGCGAAAUAAAAAUGACACAAAAAGCACUCCGAAUAAAAAAGUUCAGUUUAAAAUAAUAAAAAUGCUCUCAUUUUCGGUCCUCCCGUCUCUCGUUUAUCACAAUCGUCUUCUUAUUCAAGCUCCAUUCGCCGUUCGAUCGUCCUUGUCAAGCAUCCCGCAAGUGGAAGAGUACAAGGCAUCGAAAUCGACCGCUGAGAGAGAGUUAAGCUCGGAACUGUACAGUGCGGUUCCGUUUCCACAGAUUCGGGCGGCGAAGCGGGUGGUGUUGGUGAGGCAUGGGCAGAGCACGUGGAACGAGGAAGGAAGAAUUCAAGGGAGCUCCGAUUUCUCUGUUUUGACGAAGAAAGGCGAGUCUCAGGCUGAGACCUCCAGACAGAUGCUCAUAGAUGACUCAUUCGAUGUCUGCUUCUCCAGCCCCUUGAUUCGGUCAAAGAGAACAGCUGAAAUCAUAUGGGGCAAUCGCGAGGAGGAGAUACUAACGGACAGUGACUUGCGAGAAAUUGACCUCUAUUCAUUUCAGGGUCUUCUAAAGCAUGAGGGAAAAGCGAAGUUUGGUCCAGCUUACCGUCAAUGGCAAGUAGAUGCUGCUAAUUUCAACAUUGAUGGUCACUACCCAGUUAGAGAGUUGUGGACACGAGCCAGAAGCUGUUGGAGUAAAAUCCUAGCUCAUGACAGUCGCUCUGUUCUUGUGGUAGCUCACAAUGCUGUUAAUCAGGCGCUUGUUGCCACAGCAAUUGGAUUAGGAACAGAGUAUUUCAGAAUUUUGCUUCAGAGCAAUUGUGGUGUUAGUGUUUUGGAUUUCACUCCACGAGCUGAGGGUGGUUCUCCACAGAUUUGUCUCAAUCGUCUAAAUCAGACUCCAAAUUCACCUGUUGCCACUGGAAGCUCUGUAGGCAGAAAAACCAGUAAGCGGAUUGUACUUGUCUGUUAUGGUUCCACACAGGGUGAGACACAGGCCAGCUUUCCUUAUUCUGCAGAUCGGCCACUGAACAUGCUUGGGAUAAUACAGUCUCAGAAAACUGCAGAGCUGCUUCUUGAUUUGAAAGUGAGCUCUAUAGUCAGCAGCCCAAAGAAUGCUUGUGUUGAGACAGCCAACGCAAUAUCCAGAGUCCAGGAAGCUGCAGAUUGCUUGGGUGCUGAUUGUGUGCCACGUUACGUAGAUAUGAAGCAACUGGAUGACCUUGAUAUUGAAGACAUUCUUCAACAAUCAAAGGAUGCACUAGAGUUUCCUUCUCUUCAACCCGGUUGGCUAAGAGAAUUUGAGGAUGAAGUGGUGCUAAAAUUAUGGAGUCAGUCUGGGAAAGCAUGGGAAUCACUGUUGGGUGAACUAUCUGAUGAAUCCGAGGCAGAAAAAACUGUAGUUGUAGUCGGUCAUCCGGCGGUUCACAUAUCAUUGAUGGGGCACUGCCUAAAUCUGACAAAAGAAUGGAUGGGAUCUUUUCAUCUUGACGCAGGUAGCAUCUGUGUUAUCGACUUCCCUGAUGGACCUACUGGAAGGGGAGUUAUCCGGUGCAUAAACUACACUGCCCAUUUGGGUAGAUGGUCAAUUCCCAUUACAAGAUCAACUGUAGAUGAUGAAGAAUUUUAACUGGAAUAUUUAUAGUUGUAAAGUUUUUCUGGAAAAUGGCACUUUACCAUUGCAAUUGGAGAGGGACAAUGAUCUUCAUGUGUAUCUCAAAAUGAAAUGUGCAGUUUACAUGUAAUUUAUAUCUUCCAAUAAAAAAUAUCUGAGGUAUGUUCCUUUA